AAGUCAUAAUACAUUGCCAUAAAUGUCAAAAUUAUUAUGUUGUAACUUUUGUGACCUAAUCGUAUGAUUUUCAAUAAAAAUGAGUCCAAAGUUCAAGUUAAAAUUUUUAAUACCAUGCCAAAAAUAAAACCGCAGACAGCAACCAGUGUUUCGACGUCUCUAUAAACAUGGUCCUCUCUCCGCGAAUAUUACUGUCGAAUCUUGCGCGUGAGAAAUGUAAAGCGUGUUUACGGGACCAACCUCAAUUAUUUAUUCAAAGUGGAGCAAUCUCAGAACCCAAGGCUGCAGUUUUACUGCCGUUAUGUGUGGUUAAUGAAGAGGUACAUAUUUUGUACACUCUACGGUCAUCCGCUUUAAAAACUCACAGUGGUCAGGUAUCAUUUCCUGGUGGAAAAAUUGAUAAUGGGGAGGACAUAAUUGACACUGCGCUAAGAGAGACAAAGGAAGAGAUUGGUAUAACUCGUGAUGCGAUCGACGUAUGGUGUACAAUGUCUGCAGUUCAGGGGCGCGACAAGAAUAUGUUGAUAAAACCUGUUGUGGGAGUCAUAAAAGAUUUCGAAAAGCGUGUGUUGGUGCCGAAUUCACAUGAAGUGGAAGAAGUGUUCACUGUUUCUAUAUCAACAUUGUGUGAUCCACAUAACCAUGCACAUUUGUUGUAUGAUAACUAUGCUUUACCCAUAUUUUUAGCUGGUAAACAUAAGAUAUGGGGUAUUACAGGGUUAAUUACCCACUUGUUCCUACAGUGUUUUAUACCCAGUGACAGUUAUUCAGUUGACUUUAUGAGGAAAAAGUUUGAUAUGAAUGAACUAUUGCCUUCCAAGUUAUAGUAUUUUACUUCACAUAUAAAUAAAUAUUAUAUACAAUAGUUAAAGGUUAAUAAACAAUAAUUAAAUUGUUGUAAUGGGAUUUAUGAAAACAAUGAAAUAUAAAUAAAUAACAAUGUUUUAAUUAACUUUUUGUAUACUGACUGAAUGUGUAUAACAUACCAAUAUAUAUUGGUGGUGGUUUCUUGAUAAGCUAAUUGUUCAUAACUGUGAUAUGUAUCAUAUUAUUUAUAAACAUUUCUUUUAAUAAAUUUAUUUUAUAAAAACCAAAGUAAAUUUGUUAUUAGUUUUUCAAAGUAGGUGGUAACAAUUUACAAUCAACUCUAGAAAUCAUUGGUAGUGAAAAUAUGUUAAUAUAAUUAAUUCUGCAGUCAUAUGUACAUAUGUUCCUGUAUCUUAUCAUAUCAGAAGCACAUAUAGGUUGAUAUUCCGAUGUGCAAGUACAGUACU